GCGUAAACCUUGUUUACUGUGCGCUCUGGUUUGUAUGAGAAUAGGACUGAAUGAUCUGUUUCUGGUUAGCUGUGGGUUAAUAUUAUGCGAAAGAUGCUAACCAUCAUUUCUAACGUUCUGAGGGGCAGCGCCAGCAGGAACUCCUCCACUCUCCGGGCCGUUCUGCAGCUCCUGGCAGUCCAGAGUGAAUAUGCUCAUUUGACCGCUCCUCAUGAUCCCGAAUGCCGACCCCCUUUCACACAGAUGCACAACCCUACAGCCCUUCAGCUUCCCCUCCUUUAACUCAGAUACAUUUAAACACUUGUACAGAAUACAAGGAUUUAGGACAAGCUAGCAGUGGCCAGACUUUAGGACACUUUGGGCCACACAACAGACCUCUGACAGAUGUUGUUUCCUCCGAGUUCACCCACAGGAUGGCUGGAGAGACUACUUUUCCAGAGCCACAGCUUGCUGGCGCAAGAUUGGUGGUAUCUGCCAGGACCUAUGCAGACUUUACCCCUCAGGCCUCCUUUGAUAUUAAGAAUUGUGAUGUACACAAGCUGGAGGAGGGCCCUCCGCUGCAGGCUGUGCUCACAAGAGAGGAGGGGCUUCAGUACUAUCGCACGAUGCAGACCAUUAGACGUAUGGAGCUCAAAGCUGAUCAGCUCUACAAGCAGAAGAUCAUCAGGGGCUUCUGUCACCUUUAUGAUGGACAGGAAGCAUGUGCAGUUGGUAUUGAGGCCGGUAUCAAACGAUCAGAUCAUCUAAUCACAGCCUAUCGUGCCCAUGGGUAUACUUACACUAGAGGGGGCACCGUUCGUGAGAUCAUGGCAGAGCUCACUGGUCGUAGAGGAGGCAUUGCCAAAGGAAAGGGAGGGUCUAUGCAUAUGUACACUAAACAUUUUUACGGAGGAAAUGGAAUUGUGGGAGCACAGGUGCCUCUUGGGGCAGGUGUAGCAUUGGCCUGCAAAUACCUGGGCAAGAAUGAGCUGUGUGUCUGUCUUUAUGGUGAUGGUGCUGCAAAUCAGGGUCAGAUCUUUGAAACAUAUAAUAUGGCAUCUCUGUGGAAGCUGCCCUGCAUUUUCAUUUGCGAGAAUAACCAAUAUGGCAUGGGUACAUCUGUGGAGAGAGCGGCGGCUAGUACUGACUACUACAAGAGAGGCGAUUUCAUCCCUGGAUUAAGAGUGGAUGGCAUGGAUGUCCUUUGUGUAAGGGAGGCCACCAAAUUUGCUGCUGAACACUGCAGAUCAGGAAAAGGUCCUAUUUUGAUGGAGCUGCUGACCUAUCGUUAUCAUGGACACAGUAUGAGUGACCCAGGAGUAAGCUAUCGCACACGUGAGGAGAUCCAGGAGGUGCGCAGUAAGAGUGACCCCAUCACUUUGCUGAAGGAUCGCAUGCUGAGCAACAACAUGGUCAGCGUGGAGGAGCUUAAGGAGAUUGAUGUGGAGGUAAGGAAGGAGAUUGAAGAUGCUGCUCAGUUUGCCACCACAGACCCUGAGCCUCCACUGGAGGAACUCUGCAACCACAUCUUCUACAAUGAACCUCCUAUGAAAGUGCGUGGCAUCAGCCCCUGGAUCAAGCUCAAGUCUGUCAGCUAAAUCGCCUUCUUUAUCGUCCCAAGUCCCCUCCCCUUCCUACCAGUACACCCUCCCCUGUAGAAUGAUCACCUCUGAUGUGAUGUGUGAGGGACCAAACAGUCAAGGAAGGAGGAUCAUAGAAAUAUAUUCCAAAAAUAUAUAUUUUACUGAAUUAAAAAAAAAAAUCACAUACAAAGGUUUCAAAAAGGAAACAAACUCCAAAUCAUAAAAACGCAUGUUUAGACCUCUAAAAGAGUAAAUCUGCUGGUUGGUAGCGGAACUAGCCGAACCAUCCAAAGCUCCAGUCAUCCACUCCUCAGCAACACAGCAGUAACUUAAACUCAAAGAAAGUAAUAUUAAUAGAUGCAUGUACUGCACAACACCAACUAAAUUGUGUGCACUUCAAUCAGUCAGUGAUGUACUACAACUCAAAUAAAUAUCUUAAUGAAAAAUAAA